AUGUCUUUAAGGCUUGUUAUUCUUACUAUCUGCGCUUCUCUUGUCGUUAUUGGCUUUGCUGCUCCUCCUCCUGCUUUUCCUCCUCCUGGUGCUCUUGGUGGUCUAAAUCUUCGAGUUGCUGAUCCAAGUGCUGAUAGCCUAUUUCUUCCUCCGACUGGAUCAGAUCUUCAAGCUGUUGACCCAACUGCAAUGUCUCCUGAUGCUGCAGGUCCUCUUGAUGUUGGAAGCACCGAGGAUUAAGGUUCCUCUGUCGACCUCAGUAACACUAUUCCUGAUCAAGCAUCUGAUGAGUAUCAUCAACGCAAUAAUCAACUUUAAGGAUUCAUACUGUCAAAGUAUAAUAAAACUUUAAUAAACUUGAUAGUUCUUUUUACACAC